AUGGAAAAAUUGUACCAUCUCUUCCUUUUGGCCAUUUUAGUGGUAAUCAUACCUACAUUAGUGCAUGCUAAUGUCAAAGAGAAAAACUCAUAUUUGGAUAAUAUAUUUCCGUUUAUUAAUGAUACAUAUUGGCGGAAAAAAACAGUAGAUGCUGAAAAGGAAAACAACAUAGCUUAUACACCUGACCCAUAUGCAGUCUCUAGAAAUAUGACUUCAUUGUUAACGAGAUGA